AUGGAUCCUUUCGAAAGACUCACAAAUCUAACUGCGAUUGCCGAAGAAGCGGAUCUCAUUUCUCUCACUGAGGUCACGCCUUCGGUUCGCUCAGGGACUACCAUUGGUCUCGGCACCUUGUCCGGACGAGUAAUUAUGGCUGUAGGUGAAUACGCUGUUAAGGGUAUAGAAAAUGUGAAUAUUCGUCGAAAAUUGGGGAUUGCUUCCUUACAGCUGCGCCGGACAGGCGCAGUUCCGGAGCAGGUUAUCGAUGACCUUCUUGAGCUUCAGAGGAUGGGAUUAUAUUCCACAUCUGUUCGCGAGAGAGCCUGCGAUCUUCUGAUGGCUGUGUUUAUAAAACAAGGACCUGAGGAGACAAUCCAGAUACUCAAACAAUGA